UUUAAUGGAGGCAAAACAUGGUGACGAAUUGAGUAAUAAAUAUUUACACUAUGAAGCUCCUCUAGGCUACAGCAUUGAAGAUAUUCGUCCCCACGGUGGCAUCAAGAGGUUCAGAUCUGCUGCAUAUUCCAACUGUGCUCGGAAGCCCUCGAUGGCCUUGCCCAUCUCUGCACCAGGAUUUGAGGGCUGUGAAAAGCGACUUGAAAUCUCAUUCUUCGAGCCAUCCAUCUUUGCUGACCCUGGUGGAAAUGGCCUUCAAUCUCUCUCCAGAGCCCAAAUUGAUGGUAUACUGAAACCGGCAGAAUGCAGGAUAGUGGCAUCACUGUCAAACAAAAUUGUUGACUCCUAUGUUCUAUCAGAGUCCAGUCUCUUCAUAUACUCUUACAAGAUUAUCAUUAAGACCUGUGGCACCACAAAGCUGCUCUCGUCGGUCCCUCCCAUUCUUGAGCUAGCCAAAGAGUUAUCACUCUCAGUAAAAUCUGUGAGAUACACCCAUGGGAGCUUCAAAUUUCCACAAGCCCAGCCGUUCCCCUACCACAGCUUCUCAGAAGAAGUUGCCAUCCUUGACAGCCAUUUCGGGAGGCUUGGUCUGGGCAGCAAGGCGUAUGUUAUGAGUAGUCUGGUUAAGUCUCAGAAGUGGCAUGUUUACUCUGCCUCGGCUAAAUCAGCAGACCAUCCACUCUACACUGUGGAAAUGUGCAUGACCGGAUUGGACAAGAAGCUUGCUUCAGUCUUCUACAAGAGCCAGCACAACUCAGCAUCCAAGAUGACCAUCGCUUCGGGUAUUAGUAAUAUUCUCCCUGGCUCUGAGAUAUGUGAUUUUCAGUUUGACCCUUGCGGAUACUCCAUGAAUGCCAUCGAAGGACCUGCGAUGUCUACAAUUCACGUCACGCCGGAAGAUGGUUUCAGCUAUGCAAGCUUUGAAGCAAUGGGUUAUGACCCUGAAGCAGUCAACAUGAGCCAACUGAUUGCAAGAGUUUUGGCAUGUUUCCAACCUAGGGAACUCUCUGUUGCGAUUCAUGCAGACAGUGAGGGAUAUUUAUUGGGAUCUGGCUUUGAUAUAGCAGGUUAUGUCAGCGGGGCCAAAAGCUAUCAGGAGCUUGGAAAUGGGGGUAGCUUGGUUUUCCAGAGUUUCAGGAUCAGUGAUUGUGGGUCGCCAAGAUCUAUUCUUAAGGGUUGCUGGGAAGGAGGAGAAGAGGAACUGGCAAAUGCUUGAACUGCAUUGCAUGUAUAUGCUGACUUGCAUAUUGUCUUUGGUAGGGUUUCUUUUGGGAAUUAUCCUAUGCAGGUUAUCACUGAAACUCUUUAUAUCAUGGAAAUAUAACUCUGUACAGUGUUUACCAGCAUUUGAAUUGGUGAAUUGAAACUAGACUAGCAAGCUCAUGUCUGAGUGGGAAAUGAUUUUUGUUGCUGCUAUAGGUUCUUUCUUUUCAUUGGUGAUCAUGGUGGAUUAGCAUUGUGGCAAGAUAAGUGUUCAUCCUGUUGAUCUUGUGUUUUACGGUAUGGUGUUAUCUUCUUCAUUCACUCAUAUGGCAAAAAAUUCAGCUAGUUAAGUUACUGCAGAAUGGCACGGAUAAUGCACAAUCACCAUCAGCAUUGUGUCUAUAUGGAUUUAUCUUUGUCUCUCUGUUCUAUGAUGGUUCCUUCUCCGUUCGGGAAAAGCACUAUAAGAAAACUGUAUGAUGAUCAAUAGCAGUUAACACAUUAUGGUGUGAAAGGGAAUGAACAUGAAUUGGCAUCAGAUCAUUUUCCAACAUGGCACACCCUAAGAAGCACCAAAAUCUCAAACCCACCCUACUUCCUCUCUGAAUGCACGUAUGGACACAGGUUGAUUUCUGAUGUUCAAAAACCUCAUCCAGUUAGUAACAACCAUGCUGCGAGAGAUUCUUCCACUUUAGUUUGUAGUGAAAUUAAGAACCAACUGGAAUGAUGGACCGAUCAAAUGGUUUGUGGCUGAAGUUACAAUCCUGAAAUUCUAUGCUGAAUGAGAUUUGGAUUCUUGUGGGCAAGGCUGUAGUUUAGGUUUGUUAAAAUUCUGAAAAGUUUGGUGCAGAACAAAGGUUUAUAUCAUUUGCUUAUGAUGGCCUGCACGCUGAGAUCAUUUAAACAGGUGACUCAGACUCGUCCAUGAAUUGGCUCCUUGGCCAACAAUUGGACAUUUUGGCUGUUACCAGUUUUGUGUAGAUCCCAUGACAUCUGCUAUUCAGCAGUUCCAUUCUCAUCAGAUAUCUGAAUUCAAUGACAAUCUCAACAUCUAGUUCAGAUUCUGCUGGGCUCCAUGACCAAAUAAUCCCACUUUAUGAUCAUUCCCACACUUUAAUUGCCUUU